AUGGCAGAAAAUGAUAAAGAUGACCAGAAGCUGGAAGUUCAGACUUAUUACCAUGGGAUUCGGGAUAUGGAGGAAAUUACGUGAGUCAAUUUUUGAAAUUUAAAAAUAAAAAAGUUGUUGAAAAAUGGCCAGAACUUUUUUUACAAAACAAAAAAAUGGCAAGAACUUUCUUUACAAGUCAAACAAUGACAAGAACUUUCUUUACAAAACAAAAAAAAAGCAAAAACUUUCUUUACAAAACAAAAAAAUGGCAAGAACUUUUUUUACAAAACAAAAAAUGGCAAGAACUUUCUUUACAAAACAAAAAAUUGCAAGAACUUUCUUUACAAAAACAUUUUUUUAAAAUUUUAGGUCCGAGCUACGCCACAGCGGAGAUUUUAUAGUGCGCGCGAGUAUGUCGGACGGCGUUCCGCGGAUAUUCCUUCACGUUCGAACCAAAAAAGAUCUACAAAAGUACAUGUUACCGGUCGUAAAUAACAAGUACUGUCUCGACGUAGACAAACAGAAUCCGUUUCGGGUUUCGUUUGAUGCUGUAGCUGAACUGGUCAAUUACUACACAGGUAAUGCAUUACCUUGUGGCCAGAAACUGAUCUUUGGAGUUCCUCGGUGAGUUUUUUUUGAAAUUUUAUAGCGAUUGAUGUUGUGAUAGGUUAAAAAUGGGAGGGGGGUAGGGAGGGCACAGAGAUAGGUCAGGGCAACGAUAGGAAUAGAGAAAUGGUAAGACGUUGCUAGGUUAUGGAUAAGUUAUACGCUAUGGUAAUGUAAGAAUAAGGUUUGUCUAUGGUAAGGGUAGUCUUGAGAUAGGGCAAUUGUACUGUAGUAGCACAGCUCGGGCUGGGUUUUUUAGGCUAGGGCUUGAGCUAUGGCUAGGCUUAGAUUAUGGCUAGACUACGCUAUUUAUGGCUCGGCUACGGCUAGGGCUUAUGACUUAGCUAUGGCUAGGACUAGGGCUAAGGCUUGUGCUAGCGCUCAGGCUAUAGCUUAGGCUUGGACUUAGGCCAUGGCUUUGUCUAGGGCUUAGGCUAGAGCUUCGGACUAGGGCAUAGGCUCUGGCUAGUGCUCUGGGCUAGGGCUCUGGGUUGGGGCUUUGUGCUAGAGCUCUGGACUAGGGCUCUAGGCUAGUGCUAGGGCUCUGGGCUAGGGCUUUGGGCUAGGGUUCAGGCUAGGGCUUCAGCUAGAUAUAAAAUAUAUUUUUAGUCCAAAAUGGCUAAUCCGCCACUCGGCUAUCGACUACUACGCCAAAGAUUUGUUGGGGAAGGGCAAUUUUGCUGACGUCUUCAAAGGAUCGAUUCUAUUGGAUGGGGUCAAGAAGUUUGUAGCCAUCAAAGUGUGUCACACAAGUGAGGACAAGAAUCAACAAGAACAGGAACAGGAGGCGUGUCAGAGCAUGUUGUACGAAGCAAAAAUCAUGUCCAAGUACUAUCAUGAGAACAUUAUUGAUGUGAGUUAUUUGUUAUUGACAUUUCGUUCAAAAAAUCGAUAAUUAAAAAUUUUGACAUUUUGUCGAAAAAAAUCAAUACUUUACGAAUUUUUGACAUUUUGUCUAAAAGGUUAAUACUUUAUGAAUUUUUGACAUUUUGUCUAAAAAAUCAAUAUUCUUUACUUUUUGACAUUUUGUCCACAAAAUAAAUGAUUUAAAAUUGUGACGUUUUGUUCAUUUUUUGUCAAUUUGCAAUAAUUUUUUUAAUUUUUUAGUUUAUUGGCAUAGCCUGUGACCAUCCCCCAAUUCUAAUUGUGCUGGAGUUUUGCCCAGGCGGGUCUUUGGAUCUUCAUCUGAGGAAUGACAAAAUACAAAUCUGCCAAGUUGAGUUGGUAUUGUACGCCUUCGAAGCAGCCAGAGGAAUGAGAUACCUGCACGCUCAGAAGUGCCUUCAUCGAGAUUUGGCUAGUCGGAACUGUUUGAUCUCUUCAAGGUAGGUGGAUUUUAAGUUUAGGUUAUGUUAUAGUACAGUAGGAUAGUCGUUGUGAUGGAAUGGAAAUGUAAAGUUAACUGGGGUAUUGCAGUCAAGUACGGUAGCUCGACAAACAUUACGGUAUUUUUAGGUUAGGAUAGGUUAGGGCGGUAGGGGAGGGCUUAGGUUAUGGUAAAGCCUGAGAUACGAUAUGUUUUUUAAUGGCAUGGUAGGGCUGAAGGUAGGGUAGGGCAUAAGAUACGGUAUAUUCUCUAGGGCAUGGUAGGGUCAAUGGUACGGUAAGGCCCACUGUAGAGCUUAUAGUACGGCAGGGUUUAUAGUACGGUAGGACCUAGGGUGUAGUAGGUUCUAGAGGACAAUAGGCCUAGUGUACGAUAGGGUUUAAAGCACGGUGGGGGUAGGGUGUGGUGUGGUAGUGCCUAAGAUGUGGUAUGUUCUCUAGGGUCCGGUAGGGCCUAGGGUACGGUAGGGCCUAGGGUACGGUAGGGCCUAGGGUACGGUAGGGCCUAGGGUACGGUAGGGCCUAGGGUACGGUAGGGCCUAGGGUACGGUAGGGCCUAGGGUACGGUAGGGCCUAGGGUACGGUAGGGCCUAGGGUACGGUAGGGCCUAGGGUACGGUAGGGCCUAGGGUACGGUAGGGCCUAGGGUACGGUAGGGCCUAGGGUACGGUAGGGCCUAGGGUACGGUAGGGCCUAGGGUACGGUAGGGCCUAGGGUACGGUAGGGCCUAGGGUACGGUAGGGCCUAGGGUACGGUAGGGCCUAGGGUACGGUAGGGCCUAGGGUACGGUAGGGCCUAGGGUACGGUAGGGCCUAGGGUACGGUAGGGCCUAGGGUACGGUAGGGCCUAGGGUACGGUAGGGCCUAGGGUACGGUAGGGCCUAGGGUACGGUAGGGUCUAAGGUACGACAGGGCCUAGGGUACGGUAGGGUCUAGGGUACGGCGGGGCUUAGGGUACGGCAGAGCCAAAGGUCCGAUAGGGCUUAUAGUACGGUAGGGCCUAGGGUAGGGUGCUAUAAAGUGCUAAUACUGCCAUUUCCAGAGGACAAAUCAAGAUUGCGGACUUUGGCCUAAGUCAAAUGGUAGAUGAAAUGAAUCUAAAAAAGGAAGAAAAGAAAGAAGAGAAGGAAAAGAAGAAGGCCAACGUCCCACUAAGAUGGUUAGCUCCAGAAGCAAUCUCCAGAAAUCCAGUGGUCCUUCUGAACAGUGAUGUCUGGUCGUACGGUGUGCUGUUAUACGAGAUGUUUAAUAAAGGAUUGGCAGUGUUUCACGACGAAGACGACUACAAGAAGAUUGCCAAACACAUUCGACAUGGUGACAUGCCCAAGUUCCCGGAAUCCGCCCCCGAAUUGCUGCGAAAAGUGGUAACGGAGGAGAUUUGGUAGGUGGAAAGAAAGUUUUUGCGUUGGGAAGGGGGGGGGGGGUAGAAAAAAUUUUUAAUGAAAAUGAAGAUUAUAGGGAAUGGAAAUGGCAGGGGUAAAUAAAUUUUUUAAAAAUUACAAAAAAAAUUUUUGUAAAGAAAGUUUUUGCAAUUUUUACAAAAUUUUAAAAUUAAAAAAAUUGGAUUUUAAAAUUGUAAAAAAGUUUAAAAGUUUCAAUUUUCAGGCUGAUUGAACCGGAAAAACGAACAAUGUUUGACGACAUUGUACCACUGUUGAUGGCAUACCUCGAAGAACAUGAGAAGGAGUUUCCCAGUAUCGAGAACCUGGCCGUGAAUCGCAUCAAGGGAGUGAACAGAACUGCCAUUUUCUAUGUGAGUUUUUAUUUUUUGGCUUUAGAAGUGAAUUUAAAAUGACUUUUAUAGAUGGCUAAAAAUGUAUUGAGGAUGCAUGCUGCGGGGGACAUGUUAUACGAUGAAUUAGUUUUUUUACGGUUCUGCAGGUUGCGGUUGACAUGUUAUACGCCGAGAAACUUUAUUUUCAUAAUUUAAAGGAAUAAUAUUGCUUUAGGGGUUUAAGUAGUUCGAGUUUUAAAAGUCUUUGUCUUGUAAAGAAAGUUUUUGCCAUUUUUUGUUUUGUAAAGAAAGUUUUUGCCAUUUUUUGUUUUGUAAAGAAUGUUUUUGCAAUUUUUCGUUUUUUAAAGAAAGUUCUUGUCAUCUUUUGUGUUGUAAAGAAAGUUUAUGCCAUUUUUGUUUUGUAAUUAAAGUUCUUGCCAUUUUUUGCUAUGUAAAGAAAGUUCUUGCCAUUUUUUGUUUUGUAAAGAAAGUUUUUGCCAUUUUGCUUUUGAUGAAAAGCAUAAUUUUUAUUUAAUUCCAGUCCUCACGUCAAGAGCUGCUGAAACGUGACCGUUACAUUGUGGUCAGCUCACGACGUCGUCGUCGCAGUGUACAUCGCUCCAACCCGAGUCCGAACCAGAAUCCGACGGAAGUGUCGGUUACAAGAAGGAGGUCGAAGCCGCGCCGGCGGAGCAAAGUCACCACCAACAACACCAAUAACAAUGCCAGUUGCCGGAAUCAGGAGCGCAGUGAUCGUGAGAGCGACGACGAUGGCAAAAGGACAAGUGCCGAGCCCUUGAGUGGGAUGGAGCGAAGAACAAAGUCUUGA